AUGCGCUCCGGCACGGCGGUUGAUGUGGUUGUAGCCAUCAGUCAGCGAGUGUUUGUCGGCGGCGGAUUCGGGAAGAACAUGGCGGCGGCUUCUAAUACGGGAGCAACCAUCGCCUUCACGGCAUUGGCCGGCGUCGCCUUGGUGGCUGUCGUAUUUUACACCUCUAGGGGUCGUAUCAAAUCACCAUGGUCUCGUGGAAAAAGAAAAUAUGCACUUUCACCUCAGCAAUGGAGAAGCUUAUUUACACCAGAUGGAAAGCUUCUGGAUGGUGGAGUCAAAUUUCUGAAGCAAGUUCGCAGUGGAGGUGUUGAUCCAAGUAUUAGGGCAGAGGUCUGGCCAUUUCUUCUUGGAGUCUAUGGCCUAUCCAGUUCCAAAAGGGAAAGAGAUGCCAUAAGAACUGAGAAAAGGAAGGAAUAUGAGAAACUACGGAGACAGUGUCACCAACUUCUUAAACAUGAUGAUGAACUCACUAAGUCAAAUGAAACUGGUCAAACAAGCAGUGGGGACUGUGAAAGUCACCUUAAAGACAGAGAGUCUUCUGAUUCUGAAGUUUCAACCAGCCGGGAACUCCCUUGUAGUGAGGAUAGGUUCUCAGAUAAUAAGGAAGUGGACCUUUCAAUUGGCACAGUGAUGGAUGAAUGUGCAGGUUCUAGACAAGUUGCAGAUCCUGAUGUCGUCACUGUCUCUGAUUCAUCGGACUCGGACUCUACAGAAGAUCCUGAAGUGAGUCAAACAUUAAAUUUCGCAGAAAGCAGUGAGGAGAAUGGUCCUGGAAUGCCCUCAAAGGAGGAUGCUUCUCCUUCAAAGGUGGAAGUCCAGUCAAAACUCCGUGAUGCAGAAGAUUAUAUCACUCCUGGGAUGCCCCCAAAGGAGGAUCCUUCUCCUUUAAAGGUGGAAGUCCAGUCGAAACUCCAUAAAGCAGAAGAUUUUGUCACCUGGCAGAGAAUUAUCCGCCUUGACGCUGUUCGUGCUAAUGGAGAGUGGACAUCAUAUUCCCCAAUUCAGGCUGCAGUGUCUGAUACUAAAGCACGCCAUUCUGCUGAGGCAGUGGGAUUGAAAGAUUAUGAUCACCUUGAGCCAUGCAGAAUCUUUCAUGCUGCCCGUUUAGUUGCCAUUCUCGAAGCAUAUGCACUUUAUGACCCUGAAAUUGGAUAUUGCCAGGGGAUGAGUGAUUUACUCUCUCCUAUAAUUUCAGUUAUGACAGAGGACCAUGAAGCUUUCUGGUGUUUCGUGGGUUUCAUGAAGAAGGCUCGGCAUAAUUUCCGAUUGGAUGAAGUGGGAAUCAGAAGGCAGCUGAACACUGUUUCGAAAAUCAUCAAGUACAAGGAUUCACGUCUUUACAAGCACCUGCAGACACUCCAGGCUGAAGAUUGUUUUUUCGUGUACAGAAUGGUGGUGGUUCUCUUCAGAAGGGAAUUAACAUUUGAACAAACUCUGUGCCUUUGGGAGGUCAUGUGGGCAGAUCAGGCGGCCAUCAGGGCUGGAAUUGGGAAAUCUGCAUGGAGCAGGAUAAGGCAACGAAUACCUCCAACAGAAGAUCUGUUGCUUUAUGCAAUUGCAGCUUCUGUAUUGCAAAGAAGGAAACAAAUCAUAGAAAGGUAUAAUAGCAUGGACGAAAUUUUACGGGAGUGCAAUUCGAUGGCCGGGCAUCUCGAUGUAUGGAAGCUCUUAGACGACGCGCACAACUUGGUUGUGUCUCUCCAUGACAAGAUCGAGACUUCCUUAUAG